AUGGGGCAGAGGAUCGAGGUGCGUGUUGCUAACCAUGUGGCCAAAGAGGAGAGGAUGACGCGCAAAAACUACAAAGUCAACGGCAAUGGCCACGGUUUUUCCUCCUCCUCCUCCUCCUCCGCCGAGCAGCAAGCCAAUGCACUCACCCUGCUCGUCCUGCUCCCCGUCCUCUACAUCUCCUACCACCUCAUCAAGCGAGCCUUGACGACGACCAAGAAGACGAAGAAUAAGCCCACCAUCCACGGCCUCAAAUCGCACCCGCUCCUGGGCCACCUCCCGGCGUUCCUCAAGAACCACCACUGCUUCCUGGACUGGUCCACGGAGCUCAUCGUCGCCAGCCCGGACCACCGGAUGGGGUUCUGGAUCCCCGGGAUGCGGACGGGCAUCGUGACGGGGAACCCCGCCGACGUGGAGCACGUCCUGCGGACCAACUUCGCCAACUACCCCAAGGGCGAGCACGCCACCGCCAUGCUCCAAGACUUCCUCGGCCGCGGCCUCUUCAACUCCGACGGCGAGCAGUGGCUCUGGCAGCGCAAGAACGCCAGCCACGAGUUUAGCAGCCGCUCGUUGUGGAGGUUCGUCAUCGACGUUGUCAGCGACGAGGUCGCUGGCAGGCUGCUCCCGCUGCUCCGGAGGGCCGCAGACGGCGACAGCCGCGUCGUCCUUGACCUGCAGGACGUGCUGGAGCGCUUCGCGUUCGACACCAUCUACAUGGUCGCGUUUGGGCACGACCCCUGCUGCUUCUGCCUCGCCGCCGACGGCGGCGGGUGGGUUUAG